CUCAGAUCGAAGCAGUCGCUGUCAGUCACUCGUACGUCGGCAUCUCGCACCUCUCGAGCUCGCGAACAACUCAAUUUGCUCCAGUUUCUCAAUUUCCGCGACUAAUCGACGACUUGCAAAGCCCAACAAAAUGGUCUGGAUUACAGUCGACGAUAAGAUGGCAGCAGGACAGGGUCCAAGAGCUCAAACUGAGCAAAGUCAUCUCGACCACAUGUGCGCCCUUGACAUUGACUCUCGUGCGGCCUUCUACCGUCUAUCUGGCAUCAUCUGCACCAUUGGGCCUGCCUCAAGGUCCGUGGAGAUGCUCGAGAAGAUGAUUGAGACCGGCAUGAACAUCGCCAGAAUGAACUUCUCUCAUGGCUCUCACGAGUAUCAUGCUGAGACAAUUGCCAAUGUGAGACAGGCGCAGAAGAAUCUCUCGGAGAGGAACAAAGUCAAUGUUCCAGUGGCUAUUGCACUUGAUACCAAGGGCCCGGAGAUUCGUACUGGUCUCUUGGAAGGCGGUGGAUCGGCCGAGGUUGAGCUGGUGAAGGGUCAGACCUUCAAGCUGUCGACGGACAAAGCCUACUCCGAAAAGGGAAAUGGCGAUACAGUCUGGGUGGACUACGACAACAUCUCCAAAGUCCUGAAAGUGGGCAACCGAGUCUUCGUGGACGACGGUCUGAUCUCCCUGAUCGUGACAGCAGUGGCGCCCACCCUGAUCACCACUAGCGUGGAGAACGGUGGCACCCUGGGCUCACGAAAGGGCGUCAAUCUCCCAGGAGUCCCAGUGGACCUGCCAGCAGUCUCCGAGAAGGACAAGUCCGACCUUCAGUUCGGCGUUGAACAGGAGGUGGACAUGAUAUUCGCGUCGUUCAUCAGGAACGCAGCCGCCUUGUCGGAGAUCAGAGAAAUUCUCGGGGAAAAGGGAAAGAACAUCAAGAUCAUAUCGAAGAUUGAGAAUCAGCAGGGAAUGACCAAUCUCGACGAAAUCAUCGAGGCAUCUGAUGGUAUAAUGGUGGCUCGUGGUGACCUUGGAAUUGAAAUUCCCCCUGAGAAGGUCUUCCUGGCCCAGAAGUGCAUGAUCUCCCGCUGCAACAAGGUCGGCAAACCCGUCAUCUGCGCCACCCAGAUGCUUGAGUCAAUGGUGAAAAAGCCCAGGGCAACAAGGGCUGAGUCAUCGGACGUUGCCAAUGCCAUUCUCGAUGGCGCUGACUGCGUUAUGCUCUCAGGUGAGACCGCCAAGGGUGACUAUCCCCUCGAGUGUGUUCGCACUAUGGCUAAUAUAUGCAAGGAGGCUGAGGCUGCCAUAUGGCAUCGACAGCUCUUCAAUGAUCUCGAGAGCAAGGCCAUUCCACCCAUCGAUGCCACUCAUGCUGUUGCCAUUGCUGCUGUUGAGGCGUCCGCCAAGUGUUGCGCCACUGCCAUAAUCGUUAUCACCACUUCGGGAAGAUCUGCUCAUCUCAUCUCCAAGUACAGGCCGCGCUGUCCUAUUGUCGCUGUCACCAGGUUCCAUCAGGUCGCCAGGCAGGCACAUCUCUAUCGGGGAAUACUGCCACUUCACUAUACUGAGCCACCAGUAACUGAUUGGCUGAAGGACGUUGAUCUGCGUGUCCAGUAUGGCCUCAAUUUCGGCAAAAAUCGUGGCUUCCUGAAGACUGGAGACACCGUUGUCAUUGUGACUGGAUGGAAGCAGGGCUCUGGCUUCACAAACACUCUUCGUGUAGUGACCGUCGACUAAGCUCGCUAGGACCGGCUGGACCACUGCAGAGUGUCGAGGACACACUAGGGAGCAUCAACGAGUCCAUCAGAGGCAACUCAGUGAAUACUGCACGUUUAAUACGUUAAAGAGAACAAUAAAUAAUUAUCAUACUGCAUUCGUUCAAUUCAUAGGCGUUUGAGGACUAUUCAAAACUGUUCAACAUUAGUUUCAGUAUUAUGUCACCGUUAUAGGGCUUGUGAGUGAUGAUCAGAGAGUAUACAUUGAGAUCUGUAAAUGAUGGUUGGUGAUAUUAUAAUUAAAUAAAUUAUUGAAUCACAGAAGAAACAGAAAUUACUGUUUUCAUAGUUUUGUUCUCCAAAAAUCUUCAUUCAAGUAUCAUCUCAAUUUUAGAUAGGGAAAUAUUAUUUUUUGCAUGUGGGAAAAUUAAUAACAAGUAUUUCACUUUUUAAUAAUGACUCUUGUAUGGAAAAUUUCUGUACAUAAGAGGGAAUGUUGAAAUUACGUGACUCCGUGUUCUUAGACCUAAAUGACAUUUCAUUAUUUCCAUUGUUAAUCGAAUAAUACAACUCGUCAUUUCGUAAUCUAACGUUUCUUUGAUUUUUGGCUCAGAAAAGCAAACUUUUCGUUUAUCAACUUAUCGUAAUUUAUACAAAACUCUCCCGUAUGCAAACGUUCGUCUAAUUUACAUUUUUCACUAUCUUUGUGUAUCUAGUUUUCAUUGAACUAUUUUCUCUCGUUAAUUGAGUAUUCAAUUGUACUUGAGUCAUCCCUGAUGCAAUGAGAAAGGAAAAACAUUGAGAAUGCUCGAAGAAAAUUUAAUUCUUACAAUUGAAUUAAUUUUAAUAUUAAGUCACAGAUGUCUUCUCGAUUUAUCAAUAAUUCAGGGGGAGCUACAGCCAUCUGUACUUUCUUUCAACAUUUCGUUGGAAUAAAUUUUCUGAUUUCGAAAAAUA